AUGCCGAUUUACUACACCUUGGUUUUGGGUCUAUUAUUGACCGAGACAGUUCUGUUUGCUUUGAUCUCGCUGCCAUUGCCAAGCAAGAUCCGUGGUCCGCUGCUCAAGACGCUUAGCAUUCCCUUUCAUUCGCAGCAUUUCCAGAUCGUACUAAAGUGUAUUCUUGGUUUCAUUCUUGUGCUGUUCAUCGACUCCUUCAACAGAAUGAACAAGAUCACCAAUGAGCUCCAUGCUCACCAGGAUAACCCUGUGACUGGUGCGAUUGGAAUUCACGAGUCUCGGUCUGAGAUUCAGGCCAGAAGAUUCUAUGCGCAAAGAAACGCUUAUUUGUGUGGAUUCACCCUGUUCCUCACAUUGAUCGUCAACAAAACUUUCUCCUUGGUGUUUGAGUUGCUCGCAAUCAAGGAAAAGCUUAGAGAACACGAGAAGACCAGCAAAAUCCAGGAUCUCGACACCGUUGACGAAGACUCUGUGAAAGAGCUCAAGUCCAAGAUUUCGGAGCAAGACGAAACCAUUGAGAACCUCAAAUCCCAGGCAACUGCGUUAUCCGAUGAGUAUGACGGCCUGUCUCAGAGAAAAUCAUAG